GUUCUAUGCUGUAAGUACAAAACAGAAAGAUUGGAGAGAGUCCACUUUGAAUAUUAAACAAGUUUCAUAAUGUGAAAAUGCACUAAUCUGUUUUUACUGUUUACUAUUUUACUGCAGAAUCACUUAAAAAUCCACCAUUAAAUAUUGUUCAGUUACAUAAACAUUGGUGACACGCGCACACACACACACACACAAACUUCCCUUCUGCAGAAUAAACAGUUAAAGUGAAAAGUGAAGUGAAAGUGUAACUCAGCAGCUCCAUUUUGUGUCGAAGGGAAAAUAAACCAUUUCAGGAGUAAAAACACAGUGAGUAUCUAAAUCUAAAGCUAUAAUAUAUAAACACACUGAACUGACACUAGAUGCAGAAGAGUUUUGUGGGUUUGUACUGAAGGUUUAAUGUACACAGGUUGUUUUAGGACUUGAUACCGUGACUAUUUCCUGUAAGAGAACUCUGUGCUGAUACAGGGUUUGAUUUAACAUAUGUUGGAGUGAAGUAAACGUGUGUCCUGCUGUAAUCUGGACAAGGAGACAUGACCUCCAACAUGAGUGUGUCUGGAAAACAAGACUUAAAGAAAGACGAGAGAAUGAUGGAGGGAAAGAGAUCAGACUCACCAGAACCCAGCUGUGUGUCCAUGAAGAGUGACGCGUCAAUGGAUCCUCCAAUUAAGUUCAGCGACAGAGACAGUUCUCCUGAUGUGAGAAUGAUGGAGGGAAAGAGAUCAGACUCACCAGAACCCAGCUGUGUGUCCAGGAAGAGUGACGCGUCAAUGGAACAUCCAAUAGACUUCAGAGACAGAGACAGUUCUACUGAUGUGAGACCACAAAAGAAGAAAUCAAACAUCAGCAGAAAUCAGUUGGAGUCCAUAUUCAAGGAGCUGGAACACAAAGUCAUCACUCUGAUAAAGAAUGAGCUGAAGAGGUUUAGGAAGCUCCUGAGUCCAGAUUACCCAGCAUGCACUGAGAGGGAGGUGGAGGAUGAGAAGGAUCUGCACAGUGUCAGAGAGGGAGCGCUGAAGAUCACACUGCACGUCCUGAAGAACAUGAACCACACAGAUCUCACUAACACACUGCACAACAAGUCUGUGGCCUCUGUGUAUCAGUCAAAGUUGAAAUCCAACCUGAUAGAGAAGUUUAAAAGAAUUAAUGAAGGAAUCUCACAGCAUGGAAGCUCAGCACUUCUGAAUGAGAUCUACACAGAGCUCUACAUCACAGAGGGUUGGAGUGGAGACGUCAAUAAUGAACAUGAGGUGAGACAGAUUGAGACAGCGUCCAGGACACCAGCAACACAGGAGACACCCAUCAAAUGUAAUGACCUCUUUAAAGACAAGUCCAUCAGAACGGUGCUGACUAAAGGAGUUGCUGGAAUUGGAAAAACAGUCUCUGUGAAGAAGUUCAUCCUGGACUGGGCUGAAGGAAAAGCAAAUCAGGAUGUCUUCUUCAUGUUUCCACUUCCCUUUAGAGAGCUGAAUUUGAUGAAGCAGCAAAAUCUCAGUCUGAUGAAUCUUCUUCAUCACUUUUUCCCAGAAAUGAGAAAACUAGAAUUAAUAGACUGCGACUCCUACAAAGUGGUGUUGAUCUUUGAUGGUCUGGAUGAGUGUCGACUUCCUCUAAAUUUCCAGAAGAAUGAGAGAUUGUGUGAUGUGACAGAGUCAGCCUCAGUGGAUGUGCUGCUGACAAACCUCAUCAAGGGGAAUCUGCUUCCCUCUGCUCUCCUCUGGAUAACCUCUCGACCAGGAGCAGCCAAUCAGAUCCCUCCUGAGUGUGUAGACCAGGUAACAGAGGUACGAGGCUUCAGUGAUCCUCAGAAAGAGACGUACUUCAGGAAGAGGAUCAGUGAUCAGAGCCUGGCCAAUAAAAUCAUCACACACAUGAAGUCUUCAAGAAGCCUCUACAUCAUGUGCCACAUCCCAGUCUUCUGCUGGAUGUCAGCCACUGUUCUAGAGAGAAUGUUGGGUGAAGCAGAGAGUGGAGAGAUCCCCAAGACUCUGACUCAAAUGUUCACACACUUCCUGAUCUUUCAGAUCAAACACAAGGACCAAAAGUACCAUCAGAAAUGUGACCCUGAUCCUCAACAGACCAGAGAGAGUAUCCUGGCACUGGGAAAACUGGCUUUCCAACAGCUGGAGAAAGGAAACCUGAUCUUCUAUGAGGAAGACCUGAGAGAGUGUGGCAUUGAUGUCACAGAAGCGUCAGUGUACUCAGGAGUGUGUACCCAAAUCUUCAGAGAGGAGUUUGGGCUUCACCUGGGGAAGGUGUUCAGCUUUGUACAUCUGAGUGUUCAGGAAUUUCUGGCUUCUUUAUAUGCAUUUCUGUCCUUCAUCAGCAGAAAUGUAACAGAAGAACAAAUCACUGAUAUGUCUGAUCUUUUCAGAAAGUCAAACAUGUGUGAUUUCCUCAGGAGUGCAGUGGACAAGGCCUUACAGAGUGAGAAUGGACACCUGGACCUGUUCCUCCGCUUCCUUCUGGGUCUCUCCCUGGAGUCCAAUCAGACUCUCUUACGAGGCUUAAUGCCACAGACAGGAAGCAGCUGUCACAGCAAACAGAAAACAGUCGAGUACAUCAAGGAGAAGAUUAGGGAGAAUCCAUCUCCAGAGAAAUCCAUCAAUCUGUUCCACUGUCUGAAUGAACUGAAUGAUCAUUCUCUAGUGCAGGAAGUACAAACUUACCUGAACAGAAAAGAUUAUUAUUGUCUCAGUGAAACCAGUCUCUCUCCUGCUCAGUGGUCAGCUCUGGUGUUUGUGUUACUGAACUCAGAACAGGAACUGGAGGAGUUUAAUUUGAGGAAAUAUUACCCAUCAGAUGAAUGUCUUCUGAGGCUGCUGCCAGUGGUCAAAGCCGCCAGAAAAGCUGAGCUGUGUGUGUGUAAUCUGACAGAGGAAAGCUGUAGAGUUCUAUCCUCAGUUCUCAGCUCAAACUCCUCCAGUCUGAGAGAACUGGACCUGAGUCACAAUAAACUGCAGGACUCAGGAGUGAAGCUGCUCUCUGCUGGACUGGAGAAUCCACACUGUACACUGGAGACACUGAGGAUGUGGGGCAGCAGUAUUACAGAUGAAGGUUGUGCUGCUCUGGCUUCAGCUCUGAGGUCAAAAUCCUCAUCACACCUGAGAGAACUGGAUCUGAACGGUAAUAAUCCAGGAGAAUCAGGAGUGAAGCUGCUCUCUGAUCUACUGAAGGAUCCACACUGUAAACUGGAGACACUACACAUUAAGAAUCAUAAACUCACCAGGACUGGUUAUGACAGGAGUCUCACCUCAAACCUCUUUUCCAGGAUAAAGCAGUUUUGGUGAAGCGUUAGAACCCGUCCCACAUUUCCAGCAGUUUGGGAGCUGAAUCAUUCAUAUUCACAUGUAGAAGUUCCAUAACAAUAACCGUGACUGAUCACAUCCUUUUAUCCACUCAGCUACAAGUUACUUCAGGCUUUUAUAACAUAUUUUACAAUCCAAAGUCAAAUCCUUCAGCGUCUACACACAACACAGAGAUAUCAUCACAUCAUCACACUUACACAAAUACACAUCCAUGUGUUGUAGCUGUUUAUAGCUCAUUUUUAUCUCCACAUUUUUUAUCUAUUUUUUUUUAGUGUGUUUCUGCUCAACAUCAAUUCAUUCAGUUUGUUGUAACAUGACAGUGAAUUUUUUUUUUCUCCACAGAUGAUUGAUUUAUAGUUGUAAUUUAAUCCAUUUUUCCCAAUUUUUUUAAACUUCUGUUCCUUGUUUGCUGGUGUUUUUUUUAAAGGACAAUUCUGGCAUAAAACUAGAAUUUAAUAUAUUAUUUGUCAAGGUAUGUAAUAUUCUGUUGCUUACUCUCUGUGUUUUAUCAGAAUUUAAGCAAAACUAAGUAAUCAUGUAAUCAUGCUAACAUUAUUGUAGCUAAAUGUGUUGUUGCUAAUUUCAUGUGUUUGACUCAGUUUAAUUUUGAAAGAUGUACAGUUACUCUCUGCUUGCCUCGUGGAGGCAGUUUCUCCAGUAUUCAAACCAGUAAAUCUCUCUACAGUAUCUGCUGCGUCAUCAUAAGAUGUACGAUCUGUAAGAUACAGUUAGGCAUGUUUACAACAGCUGUAUCAAUGGUUUCAUUUUUAACAAGUCAAACCUUGAAGGCGGCUGGGCGACAGUAAGAGAAGACCACAUCAGGUUCCACUCCUGUCAGCCAAGAAGGGGAAUCUGAGGCUACAGUGGGCACAGACUCCCCCAAACUGGACAGUUAGAGAUUGGAAAGAUGCCAGUAUGUAUUCUUCCAGGCAACUGAAAAUGAAAUGGACAUAACUGAGAUUAUAUUUCAUGAAUCUACACCAAAUAUCCCAAAAUAUUUUGACAGUAGCUGCAUAUCAUCGGGUCCUCGGCUCCUACCUGCCAAGACUGUUGUCUGGAUGGUCGAGUUCCCUGUUUAAAGUGUGUUAUUAUGUACAUGUAUGUAAGGAUUUAAUAAAAAAGGCAUCAUGCUCAUUGGUUAU